CCAUAUAAUUGGUUCGUGUCUCCCUAUAUUUCUUGCAACGCUUCACUCGGUUUUCUAAACAAAAACAAGAAUAUUUGUGCUCAAAUCAAGAAAAUUUAAAAAAGUAAUAAUUUCAUAGCUACACAUCAAACGCCACAUCGCUUUAAACAUAGCUAUAUAAAUUCUAAUAGAAAUAUGUCCACUGUCUUCAGUCACUUUGAAGAAACAACCGUAGAAGCAGCGGAAUAACCUGGCCAACCUAUUCAAAUCACAAAAAAAAAAUUAAUAAAUAAAUUACAAUAUCCAUGCAUUGCUCCUAUUGCAAUCACUCUGUUGCUGAGGACGAUGACUAUCUGGAAUGCGUAGAAUGUGAAUCUCUUGUGCAUGCCAAAUGCCUGCGCACGUGCCGGCCUGGUGAUUUGUUGGGUGAUGUUUUCUUUGACUUUACAUGUGCCGAUUGCAUGAAUCUACAAUACGAUGCACCCUCUACUUCAUCGUCGGCAAAGUCAGUUGCUCCACGGGAGAAUUUCGUGCGCCAGCGUUUGUCUUGGUUCAUGAUAGUGACUUUAACCUUAUACAAUUUAUUCAUGAAGUCUAAGGGACUUAGUCAUCAUGGCUUCUUUCAUUGGCGCUCACACAUAGUGAGCUUCGUCAACAAAAACUGGGAUUAUCUAAUGGAGCCUGGGACGCGCCGUCGCAAAAAUUGGUUUGGUUCCAUAUCGGGGAAUUUAUCUCACUAUAGUCCUGAGUUUUUCUUGUCGGGUCAAGAAACAAUUCAGAAGUCGGGUUGGUGGCGCCUAACUCAGACUAACUUAACUCCAAGAAUAAUUCAUCGAAAGUAUGAGGAAUUAACUCAGAGGCGUUCUCAAAUGCGUAACGAUAAACGACUGCACGAAAAUGCUGAUAGCAUAGAUGAGGAGCAAGAAUACAAGCGUACGCGACUUCCCGAUUCGGAUAACGAAGCGGCGUCUGUAGCUGACGGAUGCAGUCGUACAAUACCGUACAUGGGCCGCACACCCAAAGUGGCCAAACAGCUUAACAUUGUGGAUGAUGACAUUAAAAAUUUCCAAGAGCAACAACCGCUUAACACUGUUCAAUCAAACUUAAUGGACUUUUUGGCUGAGAAUUUAGCCAACUACGAUUUAUUCAGUACCUUGCCAAAUAUCGCACCGGAAACCUUAGUGGGCGGCGAUGAAAAAAAUGACUUGCUACCCUUACUAGAUGCACACAAUGAUAAUGUGGGGCUAUUUGAUACACCUGAAACCAAAGCCAACGUCAACGCAGAUAUAUACGGCGCGAAUUCUUCAGAGUCAAUAGCUGAUAAGUUCAAAAGUUUCUGCAAUACAGAAUAUCAGACUGAACACAACACGCCAGCAACGAUCGGAAUUGAGCAGCUCACCCAGGAAGAUUCAAUGCAAACCACUUCCGACUACAGUAAUGAUGCCGAAGAAGACGAUGAGCAUCAGCCACGCAUAGUACAAGUUACAAACUUCCAGCAACUUAAACAAUCGCCAAAGAAAGACCAAGUUCGAUCGACAGAAGAACAACAGCAAUUAGAUAAUUUCGAGCAAGAAAUAAAGAAAGAAGCAAAAUCUGACGUGGAGCAAUCAGAAACUGAAAACAAACAGAGUAAAAAGAAAGACGCUGAAUUUAAUGAUUCCAAAAUAGUACAACACACAAAAUCGGUAAAUGAAACCGCAGAAAUCUCAUCAACUUUAGGUGCUUGCAAGCCAAGUCUCUUUACGAAGGUUCCUCGACGGAAUUGGCCAUGGUUGGUCGAUGAAGAGGUGGAGGAUGAUGUGACAAAAGAACAAAUGGACAAUCAGCCAACUGAAAAGAAGCCAUUUGAACAGGACGAAAGAAUAAUUAUGAUGAGUGAAUCCGAGGAAGCUGAAUUGUUGCACAAGUUGCGUAAAUUGUUUGAUCGCGAGGAGCAAUGUAAACUUCUAAUUCCCGCUUAUGUGCGCCGCUUCUACAGAAAACUGUGUGUGCGUGAAUGGAAGCGUAAACGUGGCAAAACGCUUUUUAAUUUAGAUGAGCAAAUUAAUGCCAAGAGCAAUGAUAGGAAUGACAACAAUACGCAAAUAAUUGACCGCUACCAGUUGAUUUCGCUUUCAACGGAAAGUAAACGUAAAUCAUUUUAUGCACGCAUCGCUGGUUCAUUUGACUACGAAAUGUUUGAAUCACCAUAUUCCCAUCGAAUUUUGCACCCGUUUAUAUACAGGGAUAAAACAUUAGCACCCCCGUGGUUAAAGCUGAUGUGCGAGCUUCAAUUUACAGUCAAUAAAGAGUAUCCUUUCCGCUCACCGAUUGAUUUUUGCUAUGUGCGCCCUAAUCAUAUAGCAGCAGUGAAUGCUUUGCUUCAAACUACUUUUUGGCCUGGCAUUGACAUGUCCGAGUGCCUCAGCUAUCCGGAUUACAGUGUAGUUGCGCUCUAUAAUAAAUUGAUCGUGGGCUGCGGCUUCCUUGUACCUGACGUAGGCUUCAAUGAAGCAUACAUUUCAUUUAUGGCCGUUCGCCCUAAUUGGCAGCGUUGCGGCAUAGGAACUUUUAUGUUAUAUCAUCUCAUACAGACGUGCAUGUCAAAAGAUAUUACGUUGCAUGUAUCCGCCUCCAAUCCGGCCGUUGUGCUGUACCAGAAAUUCGGCUUCAAAAUUGAAGAGGUAAUCCUGGACUUUUAUGAAAAAUAUUUACCCGCUAAUUCAAGGCAAAGCCGAACCGCAUUUUUCCUACGACUAUUGAGAUCGUAGUAUGUAUUAGUUUAUGAAUUAGAUAAGAAAUAAAAUAUAUAUAAGGAAAAUAAAGAGAAUAAAAAAAAUAA